CUCGAAAGUCGAAACUGUAACAUGGUUCAAGCCUGAAGAUUUCUUCUUCGUCUUCCCCAGCACUAAAAACCAGUUAGACUAGACUGACCCCCUCACCAAUUCUCUUUCUCUCUUCUCUUCUCUUUGCCUCCAUUUUCUUAAACCCGUUAACUAUGAAUCUAUGAUCAACCCCUUGAAUUCAAUUUAGCUCUUAGAAGAAGAAAAAUGAAUUCCUUCAAACCCCACCUCACCACACUCUUCUUCCUCUUCUCUUUAUCUCUCCUCCUCACCUCGGUUUCCUCGUGGAAGAAAGACGAGUUUCGCAAUUGUAAUCAAACCCCAUUUUGCAAUCGAGCUCGCUCUCGAAAACCCAAUUCCUGUUCGUUAAUCGCCACCGAUGUUGAAAUCUCCGACGGCGAUCUUGUUGCGAAGUUGAUCCCCAAAACCCCACCUCAAACUGAUCAAGCUUCUACGAAUUCAUCGAAUCAGGAAGACGGGGUUGAAGAUCUUGUCCAAAAACCCUUGAUUUUGAGGGUUUCAGCUUAUCAAGAUGGGAUUUUGAGGGUUAAGAUUGAUGAAGAUCAAACCCUAAAUCCUCCCAAGAAGCGUUUUGAGGUUCCCAGUGUGAUUGAGAGUGAUUUUUUGGACAAAAAGUUGUGGUUACAGCGGUUUUCUGAGGUGAAGAUUGAUGGGGAUUCCUCCAUUGUUGUUUACUUGGCUGAUGGGUAUGAAGGCGUGCUCCGAAAGGACCCUUUCGAGAUCUUUGUGAGAGAGAGCAAUGGAGGUAACCGUGUUAUUUCAGUUAAUUCGCAUGGCUUGUUUGAUUUUGAACAAUUGAGGGUUAAAAAAGAUGGUGAUAGUUGGGAAGAGAAUUUUAGGAGUCAUACUGAUACAAGACCUUAUGGUCCUCAAUCUAUUAGUUUUGAUGUUUCAUUUUAUGAUGCUGAUUUUGUUUAUGGUAUCCCUGAACAUGCUACUAGUCUUGCACUUAAGCCUACUAGAGGCCCUGGUAUUGAAUUUUCUGAACCUUAUAGGCUUUUCAAUUUGGACGUGUUUGAGUAUCUUCAUGAGUCGCCUUUCGGGUUGUAUGGGUCGAUACCGUUCAUGCUUUCCCAUGGUAAGGCCUGGGGAACUUCCGGGUUCUUUUGGUUGAAUGCUGCUGAAAUGCAGAUUGAUGUUCUUGGGGAUGGUUGGGAUGCCGGGGAAUCGAGGCUUUCGCUGCCCUCUGAUCAGAAGAGAAUUGAUACUUUGUGGAUGAGUGAAGCUGGUAUUAUUGAUGCGUUUUUCUUCGUGGGUCCUGGGCCUAAGGAUGUAGUUAGACAGUAUGUGUCUGUUACGGGGAUGCCUGCAAUGCCACAGCAUUUUGCCACAGCUUAUCACCAAUGUAGGUGGAACUAUAGGGAUGAGGAGGAUGUUUAUCAUGUUGACUCGAAAUUUGAUGAGCAUGAUAUCCCGUAUGAUGUUUUAUGGCUUGAUAUUGAACAUACCGAUGGAAAGAAGUAUUUCACGUGGGAUAGGAUGCUUUUCCCCCAUCCCGAGGAGAUGCAAAACAAGUUGGCUGGCAAGGGGAGGCAUAUGGUUACUAUUGUUGACCCACACAUAAAGCGGGAAGAUUCCUACUAUAUUCAUAAAGAAGCCUCAGACAAAGGGCAUUACGUUAAGGAUGCAACUGGAAAGGAUUAUGAUGGAUGGUGUUGGCCUGGUUCCUCCUCGUACCUGGAUAUGUUGAGUCCAGAGGUUAGGGAGUGGUGGGCUGAAAAAUUCUCCAACAAGAAUUAUGUUGGAUCAACACCCUCAUUAUAUAUUUGGAAUGACAUGAACGAGCCAUCUGUAUUUAAUGGACCUGAGGUUACAAUGCCUAGAGAUGCACUGCAUGUUGGAGGUGUUGAACACAGGGAGCUUCAUAAUGCAUAUGGAUAUUAUUUUCACAUGGGCACAGAUGGUGGACUGGUGAAGCGAGGUGAGGGGAAGGAUAGACCCUUUGUUUUGUCAAGAGCAUUCUUUGCUGGCAGUCAGAGAUACGGAGCUGUUUGGACUGGAGAUAAUACAGCUGAAUGGGAACAACUUAGGGUUUCAGUUCCCAUGGUUUUAGCCAUGGGAUUGACAGGAAUAACCUUCUCUGGUGCUGAUAUUGGUGGGUUUUUUGGGAACCCUGAACCUGAAUUGCUGGUGCGCUGGUAUCAAUUGGGUGCUUACUAUCCUUUCUUCCGUGGGCAUGCCCAUCACGAUACAAAAAGAAGGGAACCAUGGCUUUUUGGAGAGCGUAACACAGAACUCAUGAGGGAUGCAAUUCGCACUCGUUAUAUGUUGCUCCCAUAUUUCUACACAUUAUUUAGAGAGGCAAACACAACUGGUGUUCCAGUGAUGCGUCCUCUGUGGAUGGAAUUCCCCUCUGACGAAGCUGCUUUCAGCAAUGACGAAGCCUUUAUGGUUGGAAACAGUAUUUUGGUCCAAGGAGUGUACUCCGAGAAAACUAAGCAAACAUCAGUAUAUCUUCCUGGAGAACAAAACUGGUAUGAUAUGAAAACAGGAACCACAUACAAAGGAGGUAUGAUCCAUAAAUUGGAAGUGUCUGAUGAAGGUGUUCCAGCUUUUCAAAGAGCAGGUACCAUCAUACCCAGGAAGGACCGCUACCGCCGAAGUUCCACACAGAUGGUGAAUGAUCCGUAUACAUUGGUGAUAGCUCUAAAUAGUUCUCAAUCAGCCGAAGGGGAACUUUAUGUUGACGAUGGCAAGACUUUUGAAUUUCAACGCGGUGCCUAUAUUCACCGCAGGUUCAUUUACUCUGAUGGCAAGCUUACUUCUAUAAACAUGGCACCCUCAGACAACGAUAGAAGAUUAUAUUCAACGGAAUGUGUAGUUGAAAGGAUAAUCCUUUUAGGGCACCCAUCUCGACCAAAAAGUGCCCUCGUUGAGCCUUCGAACAACGAGGUUGAUAUCGAGAUGGGCCCACUUCGGGUUCAACGGUCUCGGGUCGUAUCUGUUCUGACGAUUCGCAAGCCUAAUGUCCGUAUAUCCGAUGACUGGACAAUACAGAUCCUGUAAGCUCAAGUUGAAGCACCAUCCAAGAACUCACUUGUGAUGUAAACUCGGCUUGUUGUACAAAAAGUAGCGAGGCUAUGAAGCGCCAUUCUAAUUAUCGUGUAAGCGAGCUACAUCUUUCUCGGUUUGACACGCUUAAAUAGUGAAAGAGUCGAGCCCAUCCAUGCCUCUUUGAGCCACACCAUCAUUUGUAUGGAUACCGAUUUAGUCUUGGUGUUUUGACAUAUUUUCGGUUAAUCAAGUAUUUGUUCUUAAUUUACUACUUGUAGGACAAUUUUGUUUUGCAAUUGCCAUAGAUAAUUUAUCGAAAUAUUUGAUUCGAUAUGUAUUGGUUAGCUUUACAAUAUAAAUACUAUAUACCAUCAUUGUCGUA